AUGGCUACACAACCAUCUACGGCGUUACUCGCAACUGCUAUUUUACCUGUCAAGGGGACGUCAGGACAAGUAUAUUAUUUACGUGCUCUGAUCGAUCAAGGCUCUCAGGCGACGUUUAUAAGUGAAAGAGCAGCUCAACACAUAAAGGCAAAAAGGUUGCCUGUCAAUGGAACAAUAUCAGGUGUUGGGUCCACAUUAACAAGAACAAGUCAUAUGAUUCAACUUGAACUUGGUUCAAGGUAUGAUGAUCAGCUUAAUCUGAAGGUUAAUGCGUAUGUUAUAUCUACCAGACUUACAACACAACUUCCAAAUAAGUUAAUACCAAUUGGUGAUUGGCCGCACAUUCAGGGCUUAAAUUUAGCAGAUCCAAGUUUCAAUAAGCCCGGGAAGAUAGAUUUAUUAUUGGGAGUCGAAGUUUACGCACAAAUUAUGCUAAGAGAAUUAAUUAAGGGUCCACCAAACACUCCUUGCGCUCAGAAUACAAUGUUAGGUUGGAUUAUAUUUGGAAAAACAAACACACAAUACGAAAACAAUAACGUUAUUUCUCUUCAUUGUCUAGAUGUCAAGAUAGAUGAAAUGAUGAAACUAUUGUGGGAACUAGAACCAACAACUAAACGUGAAUUAACACCUGAAGAAAGACGCUGUGAAGAAAUUUAUUCAUCAACACAUUCGAGAACUAAAGAUGGAAGAUAUAUAGUGAAGUUGCCUUUGAAAAGAGACCCACCUAUGAUAAGUCAAGGGAGAACAAGAGAAAUAGCUUUAAAGAGACUAGAAUAUUUAGAGAAGCGCUUUGAAAAGAAUAAAGAGUUGAAGGAUGAUUAUGCUAAGGUGAUUCAAGAAUACCUCGAAUUGAAUCAUUUAGAAGAAGUUUCCGAGGACGAAAAGGAUAAUGCAGCUGUCUAUCUUCCACACCAUGCGGUCGUGAGAACAGACAAAGAUACUACUAAAACAAGAGUAGUUUUCGACGCGUCAUGUAAAGGUUUGAAUAAUGUGUCCCUUAACGACGACUUGAUGGUGGGACCGACAUUGCAAGAAGAUUUAAGGUACCUAAUUAUGCGUUGGAGAUUGAAACCAAUUUGUUUUGUUGCCGACAUAGAGAAAAUGUACAGAGCAGUUAUUGUUGAGCGUGGCCAUCAAGAUAAUCAAAGAAUACUGUGGCGCAAUAAUCCAAGUGAUGAGGUUCGAGACUAUAGACUGCUGCGAGUAACCUUUGGCACCGCAUCCGCACCAUUCUUGGCCAUUCGAACUUUGCAUCAGAUGAUUUGAUUUCUGGACGAGACACGGUGGACGAAGCUGUAGAUUCUGCAAACAAAAUAACACAAAUAUUAAAUAAUGGUGGCUUUUUGAUCAAGAAGUGGUCAUCAAACAGUGAAUCGUUUUUACAACAAUUGAAACCACUUCAAAUUAAUUCUGAAACAAAUAUAGAUAUAAAAACUGAAGGAAUAAUUAAAACCUUGGGACUUACCUGGAA